AUGCAACACUCUGAAGACAGAAGCGACACAAUGAGCGCACCCGCCGCCCCAAAUGACAACAAAACUGAAAAGCCUGAGCGCGAACAUGUCUACGCCGUCACCAUACCCAGCCUUCAGUGGAAACGCGGCGAGGUAAUCCCCACAGCCUUUGUCAAUGGCACCCCGCAACUCCAAGCCAAGGUGAAGCAGCAUGCUCAAGAACUCGAAAAGCACGCCAAUAUUCGCUUCAAGUUCCAGCCUUCUGAGCAUGGCCCCGUCAGGACCACCAUCGCCAUGGAUCCCCAGUUGGGCUCCUACUCGAAACUUGACACCGAGUCUCCCGUCGCUGCCUACAACAAUCCCGACAAUCCCACCAUGAACUUGCGUAUCGACGAGACAACACCAGAUGACGAGAUUCGAAGAACCUGCAUGCACGAGCUUCUUCACGCAAUCGGGUUUGACUAUGGGCACCAGUCGCCAGCCGCCAACAUUGAGUGGGAUGAAGAUGCUGUCUACGACGAAAUGGCCAAGAGCGGUUGGACACGUGAGAAGACUGACCGCAAUAUCCUCACUCAACUCAACAAGCGCAACGUGCAGCACUCAAGAUUUGACCCCGAUUCAAUCAUGGGUACCCGGUCCAAGAGAACCGGACAAGGAACGGGUUUUCCAACACUCGGAACACCAUGCUUUCUGAGAUUGACAAGUCUUUUGCCCGUGAAGUGUACCCGUUCGAUGACCUGCCGCCUCAUGGCUUGCAGUGCGCAGGGGAAUGUUCCUCCCCUGGGGCCUACGUCGAACAACAUUCUCCGCAACCUGUUGCCGAUCAUGAUCAAAUGUAUGCCCGGCCGGACCAGUCUCGGUCAAGCACAGGAUACAUCGACGGAGACGGUGCCGACUCAGGGGCGUAUGAGUAUCAGAGCACCCUGCAAGGAAAUGAGUCGGAAGAGGAUGUCGGAGAUACGGUGCGCUAUGAGACGACUGGGUACUUUGAGGAGGUUAUAUCUGUCGCAGAGUCAGAACGGUAGCUUUUAG